AUGGGAGACAACCUCGUCGAUUUCCCGCCAGCGCGGCAGGGAACGCUUCCUAUCAUUGAUCCCCGAAACCCUCGACCAGAAGAUGAGGUGCAAGCAUUUAUGCUCGACAAUGAGACUCGAGACAUCUUCUACAGCUGGUGGACGUGCUUCCGAUGGGCGCUGGAUCACCUGCGCUAUAACUCGCGCUCCGACUUUCUCGUUCUCGCACACCCCCAGACAGAGCCCACCGCCGGUACGAUCCCCGCGCACGUCUUCCCCGUCUCUGUACCCGAUCUCUAUGAUGAGCGCGUACACUAUGAGUUCUUACAUGGUCUGAAAGACAUCAUAGCAGGCGAGAACUGGAUGCGCGAGUACUUCCGAAGGUCGCAUCGAUUACUACGCAAGAGUGCGUGCCAUGACCCCGCCACGCUUUGGGAUUUCAAAGAACUCAAGUACCUAUAUCUCAUGUUCGCACUGGACGGCGGGGAGCUGAGGCUGACGAACAGAAUCUGGCUGAACUGUGCCGCAAAUGCCUUUCAGCACAGCAUCCUUUGGAACGGUCGCGUCUCGCCUUCUGCGACGUUAUCCAACGGUGACGAGGCUCGGAAUUCUGCGUAUAUCAUCGCAGAUCUGGUCACAGUGUGCGCUGCGUUUGCGACUGCGUGGUCGCUGGAAUUCCAGACGCGUGCUGUGGCGGUUUUUUUCUCCGUCUUCUUCUCGACCAUUGGCUUGGGCCUCUUCGCAGUGCCUCGAACAGUGGCCGUGCGGAGUGCAGGGCAAGUCUUCUACGGGAUGGGGUUCACAGGGCUCCGACUCUUGAUUGACGUGCUCAUUGCCGACACCCUCGACAUCCGAUACCGAGCACUGGGGUACGCCUUCGCAACGUCUCCUUGGGCGAUCACUGCGUUUCUAGUCCCAGAGAUGCGUAGGACUCUGUCACUUUCCCAGUUGCGGACGGCGAUCGCCGUGUUUGCUGGGAUUAUGCCCGCGCUUGGGCUGAUUUUAGUCGGCUUCUUGCAUUGCUACCGACGAAGGGCUGCUGAUUUCGACUUUCUCGGGGGAUCUGAGCGGCUCGCCAAUGCUGCUAAGGCAUUCUUCGGCCGGGCGAACACCCUGCGAAUCCCAAACCCCCCUAGGGAACCAAUCUCCUUUCGUGUCAUUUGGCCCGUGGUGAAAAAUUUAAAACCCGGUACGACAUAUUUUGUCGUCACAACGUUACUAGUUGUCUUUGUCGUGUUAUGGCUGGUCCAGGUCAGUGUUGUUUCGUGGACCGUCGCCAUUCCAGUCGUCGUCCUGUUCUUCGGCAUUCUCGCCUUCCUAAUAGCUCUGAAGAAUGAGAAGUUUAGACGUACAUUAACGUCGUUUCUAUCUCCGGACUCGAAAGCUCCCGAAGUCCGAAAGUUCCUCCCUCGCUCUAUAGGAAAUUUCCUCGCAAGGAAGAUCACGGCAAAAGAGGCCGACGAUGGUACCGGUGACAGCAUCCUGACGCCAUUGCGGAGCAGGAACAUGCUUGCGAUCUGCGCUAUGGCCGUCAUCUGGAAGUUCGCCCACUCGUGUUGGAGUACUCAUCUCCACCCUUUCCAUCAGAUGGCCUAUGAGCUGUCCAAGACAACAUCCUAUCACUUACUUUCCAUGGCCACCGCGGCGGAAGCGGUAUCAAGGGUAGUAGCAGGAGUAAUAGUCUGGCGGACAGGCCACUUCAAGUACGUCAUCGUGCUGGGCUGCUUCUCCUACCUCCUGGGUCUGUUGUUCCUCAUUGCCGCGCAGCGGAUUGGUCACUCCUUUUCCCUCCUGAUAGUAGCAGAAGCAGUGAUGGCGAUGUCUCGCUCUUCGUUUGAUGGAGUCAAAGAGGUGGCCUUGCUUCAUUCCGCACAUCUUGAUCAUACGGCCAUGUUGCUCGCCAUGCUGAGUGUAUGCGACAAAUUGGGUGGGAUGAUUGGAGCCACGAUUGCGGACGGGGUAUGGGCUGCCGCGCUUCCUCAAGCUCCAAAAAACUAUUUAUCUGGGGAGGCCAUUCUUGGCGCGAAAAGGGUACACCCUCUUCUUCAAGACCACCUCAGCCUCGUCUCGGAGAGCACGGCGCGAUUAGCCAUCCAAAAUGUCUACGACGAUACCCAGAUAAAGACCCUCAUUGGAAGCAGCAUUGCCAUGAUCUUCGCUCUCUGCUGCGCCCUCUUGAUGGACGACGUUUCUGUGUUCCCGUCGGGAUCGAUGCCAAGGCUGAAAGUGCCCGAAUCAUGGAAGAGGGGAUGGGACACUCUGCAUGGGCAGCGACCGCCUUUGGCCGUUGCCACUCGCCCGGAUAUGUCCCCGCUUUUCAACGGCCUCGAUCGCAUGGUGAAAGAACAAGUUCAACAGCUAGAUACGCUGUGGCUCCGGAUUUCCGAGAUUGUGGGGAGCCCUAGGGGCUGUCCACAGCACGUGGCCGACGACCUCCUUGAACGGUUCCGUGAUAUUGUGGCGUAUAUGUGGGCCAUAGAUCGCAUCGUAUCAAGAUUAAAGAAGACAAUCACGUCACAAUGGGAAGAUCCGCGCUUCCCAGAGCCAGCAGCAGCGGCCGUGGGGGACCAAGAGCUAUCAGCCAUCGUGCCGCAGGACCUCUCAGUCACUGGAGGCAUCGUGUCGUGCCGCAGGAUCCCCAUCGUGCCGCAGGACCCCUCAGCCACUGGAGAUACGACUGAACUACCCUUGUCCCGAAAAGCUCCACACCAAUGCACGGGCUGUGCGAUGCACCACAGACGUCCGGUGGCCGACUAUGUACAUGUCCACCAUCGGAAAGACGGUAUAUGUGCCACGGCUUCGUUUUGGGGUGAUAAUCGUUCUUACCUGAGCUUUACCAAGCCUUCACGUGAGAUUAGCCACCCUGUCAUCUCCCCAGUUACCCUCCGCAAGCACGCUGCCCUAUUCAGUGCUAUACAAGAAGGAAUCACGACCGCCUUCGCCAAAGUCCUCGUUCCCCCUCCCGCAAGCCUUGCCCAUCGCCCCGGGGUCUCGGAGACAUUUAGGAUCAUUGCAGUCCAGAGACUACCUAUGGAGCGCCACUUAGGCAGACAGUUCACGGAACAGCCCCCUUGGCGCGGCGCUGGCGCAGAUCUGGCAUUCGGACAUCUUGCGUGCGACCACUCCCAUCUGGAAACAGACUCCUGGGUGCAUGUUCACCUCCCCGCGUACGGGUUAUGCUGGACGUUCGAUUGGGAGCCUGAAUAUCGCCGCCCCGUCUCGUCCCGUGUCGGUCCCGGCUCGGUAUGGGAACGUCACAACCUGCGGCCUCAGAGAGAACUCCGGCUCCGUACAGCCCUGGAAAGAUGGAUACACAACGAGCUCAACCGCUUCUACAUAGAUUGGGAUCUCGAAGAAAGUGCAAACGCCCAUCCUAUGGAUGCCGGCGGAGAGAAUCGCCUCACCCGCCGUCGCCAUAGUCUUUGA